CACACAGACAUGGACAGGAGGCCGGAUAUGGGAGGGGCAACUGCCCCAGCGGCCCCUGACCACGUGAGGGAUCUCCAAAGUGAGGUGGAGGGAGUUAAAAACAUCAUGUCCCAAAACGUGGAUAGAAUUCUGGCUCGAGGAGAGAAUCUGGAUCAUCUAAGGAAUAAAACAGAAGACCUGGAAGCAAGCUCUGAACACUUCAAGACCACUUCCCAGAAGGUUGCCCGCAAGUACUGGUGGAAAAACGCAAAGAUGAUUGCCAUAAUCUGUGUGGUGGUUGGCAUCAUUUUACUCCUCAUCAUCCUCCUCGCCACUGGAGUCAUCCCCACAUAAAGAUUGUCACUCGCUGACCAGGCUGCUCUGCCAAUGAGGACUCAGGAUUACCUUUCACCUUCUCCUGCCUGAUGAGCUAUCCUCAAGCCAAUGGAGAGAUGCCAGUCAGACUCACAUUGUUAUCCUUUGGAUGAUGGCUAGAUUCAAUUUUCCUUAUCUGCUGGCCUGUUCCAAGUUACCCACUGGGGUCUGCAUACCAAAUUUUUCUAGAAUUUAUUGUAUAUUUUGUUCCUACACAUAAAGGUUUGAUUCUGAUUCUGGCAAAUAAAAAUAUCUAGAAAAUAUCUAAAAAUAUCAUCCCUACUUGCAGCCCAAUCCCCACUUUGUCCCCGGUUAUAUAGUGAAUAAAGUACCCCCUCUUGUAAAAUAUAAGGAUAUUAUAAGUUACUGAAGGAGUUUCAUGACCAUAUAAAAACACGAGGCCGAAGGUCAUGGAACUCCGAGGUAACUUCUAAUAUCCUCAUAUUUUGCAACAGGGGGUACUUUAUUCAUUAUAAUACACACGUUUCAGUGAGUCAUGUGACAGAAAUGACAUCAGAACUCACCGUUUAUAACUGAUGACUCACCCUUUAUAAGAAUAUAAUUUACAAGAUAUUCAUGGCUUUUGUGUAUAUGUUUAUAUUCUUGUAGUCCAAGAAACCUGGCACGUUUUAUAUCAAAUUUUUUUUAAGCCUUCAAUUUGCAUUCUAAAAAGGACACAUUUAUUCAUCAGUUUAAAACCCAAAUGAUACAUUCCUGCCACU